AGGUGGGUGAGUGACUCAUGUUGGUGCCCUCCCCACCGCUGCACCCAAAUGCUCAGCCCUCCCCACAGCCAGGGCUAACCUAAUCCCCACAGUGGGAGUCGGGGGGUAUUCACGCCUGUGCCGAGGUCUAGGGUUGCACCGCGGUGACUUCACACUCAGCAGCAUGUGCAGCUGAGGCCUCUGUGCAGCCGUCUCCUGCAAGGCGGGCAGCGAGGUCAGCUUGGCAGCCGCCGCCUCUCCAGCCUGGAUCUGGCCGCAGGCAGCGGUUCCCUAGGACCCGAGGAAAGGAUGGCCGAGCAAGAAGCGAGUGGGCUGCAGGUCCUGCUGCACACACUUCAGACCUCCUCCGACAAGGAGUCCAUCCUGACCAUCCUCAAGGUCCUCGGAGAUCUGCUUUCUGUUGGCACAGACCGGAGGAUUCACUACAUGAUCAGCAAGGGUGGCAGUGAAGCUCUUCUGCAGACCCUGGUAGACACAGCGAGGACAGCUCCUCCAGACUAUGACAUCCUCCUGCCUCUCUUCCGGCUGCUGGCCAAAGUUGGCCUAAGAGAUAAAAAGAUUGGACGGAAGGCCCUCGAACUGGAAGCACUUGAUGUCACGUUGAUUCUGGCCAGGAAGAACCUCUCCCAUGGCCAGAACCUUCUCCACUGUCUCUGGGCUCUGCGUGUGUUUGCCUCCAGUGUCUCCACGGGAGCCAUGCUGGGAAUUAAUGGAGCCAUGGAACUGCUUUUCAAGGUUAUUACUCCUUACACCCGAAAGCGCACCCGAGCAAUCAGGGCGGCCACUGAAGUUUUGGCAGCUUUGCUGAAAUCCAAGUCGAACAGCCGCAGGGCGGUGAACCGUGGCUAUGUCACCAGCUUGCUCAGGCUGCACCAAGACUGGCACAGCCACGACACAGCCAACGCCUACGUGCACGUCCGACGGGGCUUGCUGCUCUGCCUCAGGCACAUUGCUGCCCUCCAGUCCGGCAGGGAGGCCUUCCUGGCAGCACAGGGCAUGGAGAUCCUCUUCAGCACCACACAGAGAAGGCAGGGGAGUCGCUGCAUGGCCAACUCCUGGGCCUUGGAUUUGGUGAUGUUAUUUCAGUUGCCAUUUGCAAAUUCUGCUGCUGUUGCUACUGCUGCUGCUACUGCUGAUGCCAGUGAUGAUGAUGACAAUGUUAAUGAAGCAGCAGCAGCAGGAGAGGGAGGAGCAAGAGAAGAGAAGAAGACAGGUCCUUUGAACUCUUACUAUUAA